AUGCAUAAACAUACCACUGGCCAGAGGAAGGUUUCACCUCCUGGUCCAUCCUUCAUGUCCGAUGAUCAAGUUUCAACGUACUUGAAGGACUUGCGGGCAAAUCGUCCUGCUCGUCCGACAGGAUCUCGUCCAUACCCAGGCAGAACAGCCGCGUCAACAAGCGAUCUAUCUGAUAGCCUUCCGCCAAGGGCAUCCUCGGCGUUCUCCAUGCACGCCCCAGUCGAAGAUGAAAUUAAAGAUCAUCGACGAUCAGGCAGUGCAAUGUCCCAUCGUCGGACCAAUUCCCAUGUGCCUGGCGGCGGCGCAAUGGGUCGUCCUUUAGCUCAGGAGCCACGUACGCACUCAAUUCGAAAAAACGUGUUUCCAGCACAAAUCCAUGCACGUACCAUUCCCAUUCCAGCAUCUCCAGCUCUGUCCUAUCGUGAAGAUGGUCAACGACGACACGAAAAGGAAGAGGCACGGUCGCUACGAGAUGCCUUGCAGAAAAUGGAUGUCCAGGACGAUGUCGGUCUUCACCAAGCAGCCCAGGAUGAGGCCACUGAGCUAGUUUGGAUGCACCAGAAUCCUGGCCAAGCUUUCAAAAACCCUUAUGCACCAUACCAAAACCCCGAUGCCAACAAGGGCAACCAGAGCCCUGUCCGAAAUGAUUCGCGAGGGUCUAACCCCUCGACCAAUAGAUUCAGCCAGUCGAGCGUUUCCUCUGAUGGUAACUCUAGCCCUGAGUCGAUUCGGAAACGAUCAUCUCUCGCUGGACCAUCGAAGAAGAACCUCAAAGUCAACUUUAAACUACCUGACGAGGAACCCGAGCAGCCUGUUGCCCCCAAGCCACGGACCGUCAGCAGUGAUUCAUCUAAAGGGGUUUUCAGGAACCCUAACGACCAAAUUUACGAAGAGCCCAUUGACAUUCAAAAGGAAGCCGAAGCAAAGCCAGACUUCUCCAAGUCUGACUCGUCAGCUUUGAAGAACAAACCGCGCAACGCUCUCGGGCGUGUUCCUAGGCCGCUACCUUGGUUGCAGAAUAGAGCUCACAGCAGCCCUGUGAUGGAUAAAAUCUCCCGGUUUGAAACUCACAAGAACCCUCCCACCCAGUCGCGUAACUCCGGCUACACUCGAAACGAAAGCGCUACUCCUCCUCCUACUCAGUCGAACAACGCCAGUUACACUAGAAACGAGCAUGCUAGUCCGACUCCUCCACCCGAACAAAAGGAUGAACCUGUCCCCACCCAGGAUGGAAGAGAGAGGCGCAGCGAUGAUAUCCGAGCGGCUACCAGCAAGAGACGAGGUGACCGCAGUGAGAAGCUGCCAAUGCCUUCAGCGGUCAGCGAUCGAGUUGGACGCCCAAUCGUGAGCUUUGACCAAACAUGGAAACCAGUUGAUCAGCCGAAGCCUGAACGUCCAACCCUACCCGUAAUUGAAGUGGCAGCACCUACCAUCGAGGUCUCAGCCCCCACAAUUGAAGUCUCCGAGCCACCUCCAAUCCCCGUGAUCAACGUCCCAGACACCAAAGUGCCCACUAUCUCCGAGAUAGAGGCUCCUUCCAAGCAACCGACCAGACCGGUGCCCCAACCGACGAGAAAUAGCCCAACUAAACAGGCUUUCCCAAAACAGCAGGGAUCUGAUUCGCAGAGCCGUUGGUACUCGCCCUAUACACGAUCCGGUGUCCCGACUGCAAGCUGUGAGCUAUGUACGCUUUCCAUUUCGGGAAAAAUUGUGACCGCUGGCGGAUGUCGAUUCCACCCGGAGUGCUUUACCUGUUCCCACUGCCACACAGCUCUCGAAUGUGUGGCUUUCUACCAAGAACCCGCGUCCAGCAGAGACGAGAGACUAGCAACAACCGAGGCUCAUGACCAAGAGGCCCGUGUGCCGCGGUUCUACUGCCACCUGGAUUUCCACGAGCUGUUCAGCCCCCGUUGCAAGAGCUGCAAGACUCCCAUUGAAGGAGAAGUGGUAGUAGCAUGCGGUGCCGAAUGGCAUGUCGGCCACUUCUUCUGCGCAGAGUGCGGUGAUCCCUUCGAUUCCCAAACUCCGUUUGUCGAGAAAGACGGCUUCGCUUGGUGUCUCCACUGCCACUCGCGCCGUACCGCGCCACGUUGUCUGGGCUGCAAGCAGCAUGUCAUGGACGAGGUUGUCAUCAGCGCAAUUGGUGGUCAGUGGCACGAGCGCUGCUUCAAUUGUCACGAGUGUGGCGAUGGUUUUGGUCCGGAGGGCCGAUUCUUCGUUCGUGAAGGCGAGCCCAAGCGUACAGCCAAGGGCCGCAUUAUCGGUGGCCCGGUCCAAUUGGCUAUCUGUGAGAGAUGUGAAGGUAUCCGUCUUAAGGCGCCUGGAAUGUGCUGA